AUGGAUGAUAGUGACACAGAGUGUGGAGGAUGUACACCAGCAGAGUGCCCUGGGAGCCAAAAUGAUGGGAACACGUCAUCAGACGGGGAAAACAUUGACCUUGCAGGUAUUGCCACGGACAACCCUCAAGGAACAACUGAAGGAGCAGGCAGUACUGCGGAGGAUGCAGAAAAUAAAGAUGUUGAUGACGAGACUGCUGACGAAUGCUUGAUGGAUGACAUCACAGAUGAGGAAGAGGGGGAAGGAAUAGAAGACUUGUCACAGCUUGGAGCAGGUAGUGUAGCGGUCAAACUCCAGACUGUUCAACAAGAGUCGUACCAACUUGUAGAGAAAGAUACCACGACACUAGCACAACACAUUGUGGGAUGUUGUCAACAACCACAGGGAGAAAUAGCGUCAACACCACAGCAGGGGACACAACUCCAACCAGCUUCAGAUAGUGAUGUUGAUCAGACAACAAGCCAGGCACAAUUGUCCUCAACUACAUCUUGUGUAGUUGCUCACACAACCAGUCCACAGGACCCGACAACAGCAGCCAUGACACCAGCGUCCACAUCAUCCCUUCUACCCAGAAUACCAGGAUCUGUUGUAUCAGAGAUACAGUCAUCCGGGCUACCUGUGGUACCAGUGACUGGUGAUUCUUCUGUAGGUUUUCCACUUUUGAGAACAACCGAAACAAGAAAGUCACCAUUUACGAAAAUAAGAAGAGGUUAUCACGCGAGUGUGUUUGAGGAUGUCGCCCAGUACAACCUUAUCCAAGUACGGCAGCAGUUUGGAGAUGUGACAGUCCAGGGCGCCAAGAAUCUGAACAUUGGCGGAACGCAGAACAUUGGUACACCUCAGACCAACCCAGAGGAAGAGGAGAAGCCACUGACUGCUGCACAGAAGAUCAGGAAAAGAACGGAAUCUAGGAUUCAGUCAAUGACUAAAGACAUGGUGGAGACAGAAGCCCUCCAGAUAGUGACGGAGAAGCUGGACAGAGGAGCAACGUGGGUGACAAUUAAAGGAAGGCCAGGAGAGGGGAAGUCUACAAUAGCCUACAUGGCCCUCAAAGAUCAGCAUACUCAGGGGAGACAAGUGUAUCAGGUGGUGUCACCAGAAGAGUUCAAUGAGGUCAUAACGGCCAGCACAAACCCUGUCAUUAUGUUAGAUGACAUAUUUGGUGAUCUAGAAUUUGAUGUAGCAGAAUGGGCCAAGUGGAGGCCAAGUCUACGACCUUUUGUGGAUAUGAAGGAUACAGACAAAACCACUGAAAAAGACUCUAUAGAUAAAUCCACUAAAAGCAAAAAAGAGAGAACAAAGGAUGAGCAAACAAUUCUAAAGAGAACAGCACCAAACAAAGGCAAAACGAUCAUUAUCCUCAUAGGCCGUGACUAUGUGCUGAAAUCCUCACUGGCAGACUUGGGAAGGGUGGCAGAUUACAUAUCUAGUCCCCAGUAUGUGGUGGAAGUUUCCUCGCAGAGAGACUCUAAUGAACGAAGGAAAAUAUGGCAUGUUCAUGCCAAAACAAAAAACAUAGACUUUGAUGAGUCAACCGUGUCUCGGAUAUGUCAAACUGACUGUCCACACGGCUUUCCCCACGUGUGUAAAAUGUUUGUCACAACAUAUGAAAAGGAUCAGACUCAGCUUCCAGUAGAUAAGUUUUUUCAAGCGCCUCUAGCAUUCCUCAAACAGACCCUAGAUAAAUUCCUUAAAGAUGAGAUAAAGGUUUCCCUGUUCAAGGCUAUGAUUAAAAGUGAUGGAAAGAUUAGUGGACAAGAGUUGGAAGAGCAGGAUGCCCAUGGAUACAAAUACAUAACAGCUGCUGAUGAUUUAGUUGGAUCUUACCUCAAGAAGGAAGAUGACACAUACAUGUUUGACCAUCCCUCUCUAUAUGACUGUGUCGCUUUAAUUCUCAGUACAAAACAAUCAAAGUUUGUCAUCGAUUUUUGUAGUUUGUCAUUCAUCCAUCAGCGACUUCGUCUUAAAGCCUCCACAAGACCAGGGGAAAACGUUCCUGGUGAGACAGAUCUUGUUGCAAACAUCUCAUGGAACUAUGCUAAACAUCUAGCAAGAAGAUUUGCAACUGAAAUUUCAAGGAGCAAUUUGUUGCAUGUCUUAUCGCACCAGGCAUGUUGUAAUCCAGAGUUUAUUGACUUGCUAAUGGUCUGCCUGAAGACACAGUGUCACAUGUCUGUUUCUGAUAUUCUCAAACUAGCUGAUAACUCUUCAAAACAGACAUUUUGUGAAUUAAUUUCUAGCAGCAAGUCACAUCAUCUCAUCAAAUUUAUUAUUGAGAAAGAACACAGAACAUUCAGCCAGCGUGAACUGAGAUACAUUUUACUUGGGGUGUGCAUGAAUGCUGCUUGCAGUGUACUGACCUAUAUCAGUGAACACCAUCAGCUUGAGAUAGAUGCUAGAUAUGUUUGGGGAUGGAAAACACCGCUUAUGUUAGCAGCAGAAACCAAAGACACUGUGUUCGUUAAUCAAAUUCUGGCCCUUAAGCCUAACCUGAAUGCAAGAGACAAUCACGGUCAAACUGUCCUUCAAUACCUUUGCGCAUAUGGCCUUACAUCAGCUGUGAAACAUGCAAUUAACAUGGGCGUGGAUGUUAAUGAGCAGAAUGUACCAUUUUUUGGUCCUUACCCGCAAACCCCUCUGUAUCGUGCCAUAACAAAUGGUCAUGUUGAGGUGGUGGGACUGCUGCUGCAAAAAGGAUGUGAUAUAGAUAAACAGAGAGGUCUUAAAUGUGCAUUGAAGAGCCAGAACACGCAUAUGACGCGUUUUCUUUUAGACAGAGGAGCACAGGUUGGUGGUGAUGCUUUGCACACUGCUUGUCUGUUGAACAAUUUGUCUAUCAUCAAGAUGUUGUUUGAGGAGGGUGCUAAAGUUGACAUGAUUUCAUCUGCAGGGGAUACUCCUCUUCACGGUGCAUGUGACACUAAUGUUGUCUCGUUUUUGUUGGAGAACGGAGCUAACGUGAAUGUCAUGAAUAAAAGGGGUGAGACACCACUUCAUGGAGCAGCAAGGAAUGGAUAUACAGAGUGUGUUGAUCUGUUACUGAAGGCUGGAGCUAAUGUGAAUGUACAGAAUAAUGCAGGUGACACACCACUUCAUAACGCAGCAGCAGCAGCAGAAGGCUUGGGAUCUGCAGGGUGUGUUAAUGUGUUACUGAAGGCUGGAGCUAAUGUGAAUUUACAGAACAAAACAGGUGAUACACCACUUCAAAAAGCAGCAGCAAGGAAUAGAUCUACAGAGUGUGUGGAUGUGUUACUGAAGGCUGGAGCUUAUGUGAAUGUACAAAACAAUACAGGUGUCACACCACUUCAUACAGCAGCAGGAAAGGCAUGGUAUGGAUUUAUAGGGUGUGUUGAUGCGUUACUGAAGGCUGGAGCUAAUGUGAAUGUACAGACCAAAACAGGGUACACACCACUUUAUGCAGCAGCAGCAACGGCAGCAAUAAAUGGAUCUACACAGUGUGUUGAGGUGUUACUGAAGGCUGGAGCUAAUGUGAAUGUACAGAACAAUACAAGUGAAACACCACUUUAUGCAGCAGCAUGGUGUGGAUAUACAGCGUGUGUUGAUGUGUUACUGAAGGCUGGAGCUGAUGUGAAUGUACAGAAUAAUACAGGUGACACACCACUUCAUAAAGUAGUAGCAGUAGUAGCAACAAGGGGUGGAUCUACAGAGUGUGUUGAUAAAGCAGUAGCAGUAGUAGCAGCAAGUGUUGGAUCUACAGAGUGUGUUGAUGUGUUACUGAAGGCUGGAGCAAAUAUGAAUGUAAAGAAUAAUACAGGUGACACACCACUUCAUAAAGCAGUAGCAGCAGGAGCAGCAGCAUGGAAUGGAUCUACAGAGUGUGUUGAUGUGUUACUGAAGGCUGGACCUGAUGUGAAUGUCCAGAAUAAUGCAGGUGACACACCACUUCAUAAAGCAGCAGCAGCAACAAGGGAUCGAUCUGCAGAGUGUGUUGAUGUGUUACUGAAGGCUGGAGCUGAUACGAAUGUACAGAAUAAUACAGGUGACACACCACUUCAUACAGCAGCAGUUGCAGCAGCGAGAUAUGGAUCUACAGGGAGUGUUGAUGCGUUACUAAAGGCUGGAGCUUCUGUGAAUGUACAGAACAAUACAGGUGACACACCACUUCAUAAAGCAGCAUGGUAUGGAUCAACAGAGUGUGUUGGUGCGUUACUGAAGGCUGGAGCUAUUGUGAAUGCACAGAACAAUACAGGUGACACACCACUUCAUACAGCAGCAGCAGCAGCAGCAGGGGAUGGAUCUACAGGGAGUAUUGAUGCGUUACUGAAGGCUGGAGCUUAUGUGAAUGUACAGAAUAAUACAGGGAACACACCACUUCAUAAAGCAGCAGGAGCAGCAAGGUAUGGAUCUACUGGGAGUGUUGAUGUGUUACUGAAGGCUGGAGCUUAUGUGAAUGUACAGAACAAUACAGGUGACACACCACUUCAUACAGCAGCAUGGCAUGGGUCAACAGAGAGGGUUGGUGCGUUACUGAAGGCUGGAGCUAGUGUAAAUGUACAGAACAAUAUAGGUGACACACCACUCCAUGCAGCAGCAGCAGCAGAAGGGUGGAGAUCUACAGAGUGUGUUAAUGUGUUACUGACAGCUGGAGCUGAUGUGAAUUUACAGAACAGUACGGGUCACGCACCAGUAUUUCAUUGACCAGGACAUCCAAAACCUUAUUAGAGAUAUGCCACUGUUAUUAGAAAUAAUUGGUAAUAAUAUAUAUUAUUCCAGUGUCAUUGCUGAGCGAAGGUUAUGGAUGUCGUACAGUUGGUGACAUUAGCAAGCUCUUCUCCCUUAUUCCUUUGUCUCACUUCGUUACUGUUGGUGUGAGGGGUUUGUGCCGUUGAUGGAUGGUUUUUUUUGGUUUAACACCGCACUCAGCAAUAUCCAAGCUUUUUGAUGGCUGUCUGUAAAUAAUCGAGACUUGAUCAGACAUUAUAGUGAUUGACAUCAUGAGCAUCGAUCUUCGCAACGGGCGAUCUUGUUUAAUUCAUCUUCCCUUCACUCACCCGGCUGGUGCACUGACUUGGACGGUCCAACCUUAAACUGACGGCGUAUGUGGUACGAGCAGUACAUGUUAAUAUCACACCUGUAGACAGUUGACCAGUAUAGCCUUCAUCUCUAGCGGCAACGGUCACGCUGGUGAAAAGACAGUAUUUCUUUUCGCCUAAACAAAGAUCUAUAGUCAUGUCCGGAAAUAGAUGUUCACGAUUCACCGGUACAUUAGGGAUGAUCAAGACUGGUUAUAUCAUAUAGUUAACCACUAUCAGAGAUCAGCUGAUCGUUCAUUCCACGUCGCUUUGUUGGUGCUUUUCAAUCGGUACUGAAAGUGAUUGCCUUUGAUGUUUGAAUAUCACACUUUUAAAAUUGAAGUAGAUUUUCAUUGUAAGCAUACCCAUAUCUAUGUUGUAGUAUCGCCAAUCACGCUACACCAUAUGCAUGCAUUUCAGUACAGUGGUAAGGUGAUGGGGAACGCGAAAAUCAAAAUUCAUCUA